ACUCCGGGAUGGAGGGAUCUCAGCCUGGGAGGAGGCUGCAUUUCUUGUUUCAAAAGCAGAGGGAGCUCCAGGAUCAAGGCUGAGUUCCCCUUUCCCUAGGCCGUGGUCUCCCAGACUCCUCUCUGUUUAGAUCAGGGGAUUUCGGACAUGCACACACAGACAGGGGAUCAGAAGAACAGAACCAGGGCAGGGAGGCUGGCUGGAGGUUCCUGCAGAGGGAGCGUCAAGGCCUGGUGCCGGCCCUGGGAGCCUGCAGUGUCGUCCAGCAAGCUCCUGGCAGGAGAGCGCCUCCCAUCAGCCUUUGAAGCUGUCCCCACACGGCCCUGUGUGAGAGGCUGGCCCUGGCCUUUUUAGACCACUUCUUCCAAGCCGUCUGCAGUUCUCUGCUACAAGCUGCUCAUCCCAUCAUGGCCCUUGGGAGCAACAGCAGAAAUAAACGUGACACCGUGCCCUGGUGACCCCCCAGCACCAAAGCAGGUGCCUGUGUUUGUCAGACCAGUACAGCCAGGCCUGCAGCCCGCUCAGCUCCAAAGUCCAGAGGUGCAGACGGCCAGGACCAAGAGCAGCCCGGGGUGGACAGGUCGGCAGAGAUGAGGUGCAUUGUCCUAUUUUCCCUCUUGGCACGGGUCUGUGCUGAACCCACCAUGUACGGGGAGAUCCUGUCCCCUAACUAUCCUCAGGUGUACCCCAAUGAGAUAGAGAAAUCCUGGGAUAUCGAAGUGCCCGAAGGCUACGGGAUCCACCUCUACUUCACCCACCUGGACAUGGAGCUGUCCGAGAACUGUGCCUAUGACUCAGUGCAGAUAAUGUCAGGGGACGUUGAAGAAGGGAAACUCUGUGGACAGAGGACCAGCAAGAGUCCCAACUCCCCAGUUGUGGAAGAGUUCCAAGUCCCAUACAAUAAACUCCGGGUGAUUUUUAAGUCAGACUUCUCCAAUGAAGAGCGCUUUACUGGGUUUGCAGCAUACUACGUUGCUGUAGAUGUGAAUGAGUGCACAGACUUUGCAGAUGCCCCUUGUAGCCACUUCUGCAACAACUUCAUGGGGGGUUACUUCUGCUCCUGUCCCCCAGAGUACUUUCUCCAUGACGAUAUGAGAAAUUGUGGAGUCAAUUGCAGUGGGGACGUGUUCACUACGAUGGUUGGGGAGAUUGCAAGUCCCAAUUAUCCCAACCCAUACCCGGAGAACUCAAGGUGUGAAUACCAGAUCCUGCUGGAGGAGGGCUUCCAAGUGGUGGUGACUAUGCGGAGAGAAGAUUUUGAUGUGGAACCAGCCGAUUCAGAGGGGAACUGCCCUGACAGUUUGAUUUUUGUUGCAGGAGAUCAGCAAUUUGGUCCUUACUGUGGUAGUGGAUUCCCUGGGCCUCUAAGUAUUGAAACCCAGAGUAACGCCGUUGGCAUCAUCUUCCAAACCGACCUGACAGGGCAGAAAAAGGGCUGGAAACUCCGGUACCAUGGAGAUCCAAUCCCCUGUCCUAAGGAAGUCACUGCCAAUUCUAUCUGGGAGCCAGAGAGGGCAAAAUACGUGUACAAAGACGUGGUGAAGAUUUCCUGUGUGGAUGGGUUUGAAGUUGUGGAGGGAAAAGUUGGUUCAACCUUUUUCUAUUCUACUUGUCAAAGCAAUGGAAAGUGGAGCCAUUCCAAACUGAAAUGUCAACCUGUGGACUGUGGUGCUCCUGAAUCUAUUCCGAAUGGUAAAGUUGAGAAUCCAGAAAGUACCUUAUUUGGCUCUGUCACUCACUACACGUGUGAAGAGAAAUAUUACGCCAUGGAAGAUGAAAGAGGAGGGGAGUAUCGCUGCUCUGCUAACGGAACCUGGGUGAACGAGGUGCUGGGCACAGAGCUGCCGAAAUGUGUUCCAGUCUGUGGAGUCCCUAGUGAACUCUUAAAAGGAGUACAGAGAAUAUUUGGAGGGAUCACGGCAAAGAUUGAACACUUCCCCUGGCAAGUCUUCUUUUCCAACCCACGGGCUGGUGGGGCCCUCAUUGAUGAGUACUGGGUGCUGACGGCUGCUCAUGUUGUGGAGGGAAACCAAAAUCCAGUGAUGUACGUUGGAUCCUCUUCGGUGCAGACCUCGAAGCUGCUCAAAGCCCAGAUGCUCACUGCCGAGCGUGUGUUCAUUCAUCCGGGCUGGCAAGUGCUGGAUAAUACAGACAUAAGGACGAAUUUUGACAAUGACAUUGCGCUGGUGCAACUGAAAGAGCCAGUGAAAAUGGGACCCAGCGUCUCUCCCAUCUGCCUGCCAGGCUCCUCCUCAGAAUACAGCCCUUCAGUGGGUACCUUAGGAAUAAUCUCAGGCUGGGGCAAAUCAGAGCUUAGAGACAUUGUUAUUAAGCUCAGAGCAGCCAAGUUACCUGUAGCUCCUUUAGCAAAGUGCCAAGAGUGGAAAGGGAAAGAUUCCAGAGUGGAUGUAAGUAGCUUUGUUUUUACUCAUAACAUGAUCUGUGCUGGCGGAGAGAAGGGUGUUGAUAGCUGUCAAGGGGACGCUGGUGGGGCUUUUGCUGUACAGGACCCCAAUGAAGAGGACCCCAAAUAUUAUGCAGCUGGCCUGAUGUCCUUUGGAUUUCAGUGUGGGACCUACGGGAUCUACACACGGGUACAGAAUUAUGUUGACUGGAUAAGGAAGACUAUGCAGGACAAUGGUAGCCCCAGUAAGGACUAACCCAUACACAUGCCUUGGGCUGUCUAAGGGGUAGCACCAGCCCACCGCUGUCGGUUCCUCACUGUACGUUCAUUAUUUCACCAUGGCUGAGAGAAGAUCUGAGUAUGCAUUUAACAGUCUUUGACUCGAGAUGAAGUUUGACCACUGAACUAUGUUGGUCAUUCAGUCAUUGACUGAGUCUGUGGGGUCCUCUCCCCUGAAUUCCCAUGUUAUAAUGAUUUGCAUACUCUUCUACAAGGAUACAUUUAUUUUUUGUUUCCUCUUUACCUGUUCAAAUUCCAUUUACUUUAUCUUCUCAGUCUUCACUAUCUACAAUAAAGCAUGUUUAUAAUGGAA